CUACUCUUUACCUCUGCGCACCCGCCUUCUCUCUUUCUCUCGUCUCUCUUUCUGUGUCUUUCUUCUUCUUCCCUUUCUCCUUUCUCUUUUAAACCUCUCCCCCAAACACACCUCCUUUCUGCCCCUUUUCGUCCUUUUCCUCAUCUUCUUCGGCCUCCUAAAUCAGUCGGCUCACCUGCCUCCAUGUCACCAUCGUCUUCUCCAUCCCCUGCGACCCCCCUCCCUCUUUCUCUCUCUCUCUAUAUAUAGGUAUACCUGUCUCGUCCCUACUCUCCUAGGGUUUCGCAGAUUCUCUCAUACUCAGUUUCGUUUUCUCUCUGCCUUCGAUGCCUGGGACUUCGUGCUCGGUUUCUCCAUAGAAUCUCUUCGGGUCGCGGAUGAGGUACUCUUCGGUCUUAUCCCUAAUUUUCAAGAAUUCCUUUUCCUUCUCUUUUUCUCCCCUCGUGGAAUUGUUGUCAAUUCGAAUUUUCGCUCUCUUUCUUCUGAUUUUUCCUGAUUCGUUUUGUAUAAUUAGUCGCAAUUGUUAGGACUUGGCUUUGGUAGAAGUUCUUAAUUUUGAUAUUUUCUCUUUAGGGUUUUGAGUUGGCUCUGUCCACCAACGGCUGCGAAUAUGUGAAACCGGUUAAUUGGAGCUGUAAUUCUGGUUUAUUAUAGCUGGGGUAGUUUUCUAUUUUUGGAUGUUUCAUGGCGAUUGAAAAGAAUAGCUUUAAGGUGUCGAGGUUUGAUACGGAGCUUUCGCCUAGUAGUGGGGAGACUAUGUCCAGCGAUGAGGAUGAGCUUCAACGGCGUAGCUCGGCGGUUGAAUCGGAUGACGCUGAUGACUUUGAUGAUGCAGAUUCUGGGGCAGGGUCCGACGACUUUGAUUUGUUUGAAUUGGGAGAAACCGAGGCAGAGUUUUGCCAAGUUGGGAGUCAGACUUGUAGUAUUCCAUUAGAGCUCUGUGACCUUCCUGGUCUGGAGGAUGUAUUGUCGGUGGAUGUGUGGAAUGAAUUGUUGACUGACGAGGAGAGGUUAAGUCUCACCAAGUUUCUCCCGGACAUGGACCAAGAAACGUAUAUGAUUACUCUCAAAGAGAUUUUUACGGGUUGCAAUUUGCACUUUGGGAGCCCAAUUAAGAAAUUGUUUGACACCUUGAAGGGAGGUUUGUGUGAGCCAAGGGUAGCACUUUACCGGGAAGGUUUGAAUUUCUUUCAGAAGCAGCAACACUACCAUCUUUUGAGGAAUUAUCAGAACAAUAUUGUGAGUAACCUUUGUCAGAUAAGGGAUGCUUGGCUUAAUUGUAGGGGAUACAGUAUUGAAGAGCGGCUCCGCGUGUUCAAGAUAAUGAAAAGCCAAAAGAGUUUGAUGUAUGAGAAAGUGGAAGACUUUCAGUCUGAUUCAUCAGAGAGAGAGUCAGGUGAACGUUUGUGGAGCAGAAACAUCAAGGACAGGAAAGCUGCAGAGAAAAUGUGUCGUCAUUCUGCUUCUGGAGUAGGCACAAAUCUGGGCAUUCCUUCACGAAGACAGUCGAUGACUUUGGAGCCAGAAAAAAAAGGAAAGCCGAAUGCAAAAGGUAUAUUGAAGUUGGCUGGGUCGAAGCCACCAUCAGCUAAGGAUUUAGCAGGCCGCAAUCCUUCUGUUUACCAUGGUUUAGAUAUAAAUUCUGGGCCAUACGGUUCGGUACCUGCUCUUCCUUGGCAGAAUAAGGCUGUGGGAUAUGAUUCGGCAGCGGCAUUCAGGCCAAGGGAUAAGAUGAGAAUCAGUCAUGAUUCUGAAGAAAUGACAUAUGGAAUGGCUCUCUUACUGGAUCAAAAUGUCCCACGUGGCAGUGUGAUGGAGAAAUCUGGGAUUUUGAAAGUUGGAAAGAAGCGUGGGCUUUUAAGAAAUGAUGACAGUUUUAUGGCUGUGCCUUUGUCUUCAAAAAGUGAGUCAGUUGCCUAUAGUAGGAACAGGAAUUCAAGUCAAUUGUCAGAGGUAAAGGUGUUGACUGCAAAGCCUCCUAAUAUGAAAACCUCCUAUGGCUUUGUUAAGAAUUCCAGGUAUACCGAUAAUGUUCAGCAAUUCUCAGUUGGGGCUUCAUCUAAAGGCCGGGAUGUGAAAGCAAAUAGAGUUGGCUCAUCAGAUUGUGCCGAACGAUUUUUGCAUAAGAAAACUCAGGGGGCGGCUUUUGCUAUGGAUUCGUCGUUUAGAGCUGAUGAUUGGGAUGCUAAAAGUAAAAGAUGGAAGACAAAGCGGGAGUCUCCUGAUCUGAAUUACAAGUCACUUAGAACUUCUUUACCACAGAUGAAUGAAAGAUAUUCACUGUCUGAGUUGAGAGCAGAACCAUCACAAGAGAAGAUUAAAGGUAAUUUUGUGCAGAAUGGGACGGGUAAUAGAAUGUUGAUGAAAAGUUCAGACUCAGAAUCAGACUCAUCCGAACAAUUUGACGACUACGAUGCGGAUACCAAUCCUUUAUUAAGAAGCAAGUUAGCUUUCCCAGUUGGUGUUGCAGAAGGCUCUCGAUUUAAGUCGUUGCAGUCUGGCCUAGAUGCUAAAAGGCCCAUAUUUGGGAAGAAAAACAUGAAGGAGAAUGUACGGGAUGUUGGAGGGACCAUGCAUCCUUCAAAACAAAUUGGUGGGUUUAGGAAUCAUGGGCAUGUGCCAGGAGUAAAAAACUACACUUUGAAGCGGAAGGGUAAGAUGCGGGAUACCAGUCCCUUGUACGAUUCUGCCACUAAGUCUUUUAGAGACAGCUACGUUUCGGGCUUGGGUAAGUUUAAUCAUGAUAGUAGUAGGAAACAAGCACACAAAUUUGGAAAGAAUGGUAAGGUACGUGGGGAACAUGUUGAAAGGUUACACACGUCCUCAUUGAAGACUCACCCUGCUGAGCGGAAGCAGAAAAGAGAUGUUGGCCGUGAUUAUUUCCAUGAUGAUGUUGCUGAGGAUGAUCCACUUGAUAAACAAUUGUUGGCAGAUGAAAAAGCGAGGGGUAGAUUUGGGAAGAAAGGUCAUGGUAAAGAAGCACGUUUAAAUGAUCAUAAGGGAAGACCUGAGGCUCCAUUAACAGGUUGCAAUUCAGUGACAAAGAAGCGGAAAGGAAAGGAGGAUAUAACAAAGAUGCAUGAAAGAGAUGAAGAUGGUGAUCUACAGUCUGAUGCUCCAUGGCAAGUUGAUGAUUCCACUCAUCUGAAGAAGAAAACGAAAAGGAAACUAGACCAAGACCCUGGUAGUUCAGACAUGGAAAACUCUGCGCCACGUGUUGCAGAAAUGGGAGCAGUGGAGAUGGAGCUGGAAACCAAACUACAGAAAAAACAAUUUACCCUCAUUACACCUACAGUUCAUACGGGCUUCUCAUUUUCUAUUAUACAUCUUCUUUCUGCAGUUCGGUUGGCAAUGAUUACUCCACUUUCAGAAGAUAUAGAGCUUGGCAAACCCCUAGAGGAGCAGAACAAAAAUCACAAGGAAAGUGUUGAUGGGAUUCCUUCUCACGAGAAGGUGGAUGCCAAUGUCCCAGAGCAUGGCAAACAAGGGAAUCUCACUGUUCAGGAGAUUGUUCAUCGUGUCAGGUCGAACCCUGGAGAUCCUUGUAUCCUUGAGACUCAAGAGCCACUUCAGGAUUUAGUGAGAGGAGUUCUGAAGAUAUUUUCAUCGAAAACAGCACCUUUAGGAGCAAAAGGUUGGAAGGCACUUGCAUCCUAUGAAACGUCUGCAAAAAGUUGGUCCUGGAUUGGUCCAGUUUCUCAUAGUUCAUCAGAUCACGAAACCAUUGAGGAGGUGACAUCUCCUGAGACUUGGAGUCUUCCUCAUAAAAUGCUGGUGAAGUUAGUUGAUGUUUUUGCUAACUGGCUGAAAAGUGGUCAGGAGACACUUCGACAAAUAGGGAGUCUCCCUGAACCGCCUCUGGCACUGAUGCAGAUCAACCUGGAUGAGAAAGAACGGUUCAGGGACCUGAGAGCUCAAAAGAGUCUUAAUACCAUUAGCCCAAGCUCUGAAGAAGUCCGUUCCUAUUUUCGUAUGGAGGAAGUUCUUAGGUAUUCAGUUCCUGACAGGGCCUUCUCUUACACGGCAGCUGAUGGUAGAAAAUCCAUUGUUGCUCCCUUGAGAAGGUGUGGUGGAAAGCCUACUUCAAAAGCUCGAGACCAUUUCAUGCUUAAACGUAACCGACCACCACAUGUUACUAUUCUUUGUCUUGUGAGAGAUGCUGCUGCUAGAUUGCCUGGAAGUAUUGGUACCAGAGCAGAUGUUUGUACGUUGAUUAGAGAUUCCCAAUAUAUUGUGGAAGACGUGUCUGACGCACAAGUUAAUCAAGUUGUUAGUGGGGCCCUGGACCGUUUGCAUUAUGAACGUGAUCCUUGUGUGCAAUUUGACGGGGAAAGGAAAUUAUGGGUUUAUUUACAUCGGGAAAGAGAAGAAGAAGAUUUUGAAGAUGAUGGUACUUCAUCUACGAAGAAAUGGAAAAGGCAGAAGAAAGAUGCUGCCGAGCAGUCUGACCAGGGGGCAGUGACCGUUGCAUAUCAUGGUAAUGGGGAUCAAACUGGAUAUGAGUUCUGCUCUGAUCUCAAUGUAGAGCCAUCUGAUAAGGGAAUGGAACUUGUAGAGAAUGAUGUGAGACAAAAUGUGGAGGAUAAUGUUGAUAUGAAUCAUGGAUCUGAGCACAGUGACACUCAUCAGGGUCAUCUGCUUUGUGAUGAUAUUGGCUUAAAUUCUACACGAGACAAGAAAUUAAUCUGUCAAGAAAAUUCCAUAAAUGAUGAUUUUGAUGACGAAAUAUUUGGGAGAGAAAGGCCAGUUGAACUCCUUAGUGCAAGCUUAUUGUGAGGAAUUAUUCAGGGUGGUCAUCGACUUGCAUUAGAUGAUGGCAGCAUGGUAAUCCCCAGCCAAGGUGCGUGUUAUACAUUGAAGGUUGUUAGAUGUACAUUGAUGUCAGAGGAAAUGUAGAAUAGAAACUUGAUCUUCUUUGAGGCCAUUGAAUAUAUCCCGUACAGAUGGAUAUCAAUAUGCUUCAGCUUCUACCUCCAAAUAUUGCAUUUUUGCCUGAAUGUCAUAGAACAUUUGAAGUAUAUAGGUUCAUUUUGUAUAUCAAGUUGAGGAAGCUAGUCAAUUCGGUAUUUGUGUGGUGCGGCA